AUGUCGGGAAAAGAACAGUCGGGUAACGGCAUACCGUCAGCACCACUAGAAGGAAAUCCUUCGUCAAAUGUAACUGCUCAAAAUACUUCUUCGGCAGUAUGUCAACAGCCAUCUGUGCAACCUGUACUUCUUGAGCCGCAUCCUUCAGUUGGGUGUGGUAUGGGAUUACCACCGUACAGAGAACCUCCUCCAUCAUAUCAAGCAGCAAUGGCAUAUCCAGCUGCUUCUGGACCAUAUUCGACUAAUUCAAAUGAUACAACGUUUCCGAAACCUUAUAGUGCUCUUCCUCCAUAUCCUCUGCUGUCAGUUCCAAACCACAUGUUUCCACCAGCAUCACCUCCUUCACUACCUUCAGCGUCAUCACAACCUCCUCCAGUUGUAGUACCACGUGAGAUCCAAGCACCACGUGCAGGACAUUGCACCUACUGUGGAAUUGGAAUUCUGUCUGGACAAACGGACCUGUUUUGUUUAAUCUGUCUGGUGUUGCUAGCAGUAUGUACAUUUCCGGUUGGUUUACUAUUUCUAUGUUUCAUUCCAUGCACAGUUCACAAACGAUGCAGUCACUGCCGCAGGAUUGGAUAG